AUGAAAGCGCAGAAGGGGCAAGGUGAGGAGUCAGGUGGGAAGGUGCAGCUGGUUCCUCGGGCGGACAUGGUGCAUUAUCUGGACGUCAACGACGGCUGGGGAGGUGCUGAGUGCGAGAGCUGCUUGGAGCGCGCAGUGUGCUACCUGGCCCAGUGCGAGGUGUACUUCGCCAACGUCGCUCUCCUGCGCGAUGAACUGCGCAAGGUGGAGCUGCCCUCCGUUCCCUUGGCGCUGGGACUCCCAACAGGACUGCCGAGCGCAAUAGGAGGUCCAAGCACAAGGGGAGGCCCAAGCCCGGGCGGUGUCUCCCAAGCCAGGGCUGCUGUGGAGUUCUCCUCGAGGGUCACAGUGUUUGGGGAGGAGGGGCAGAAGGGGCAGGUUAAGGGCCAGGAGGGGCCUGACGUGCAGUGGUGCUGCAAGUGUGAGCUGGCGCCGUUGCUGUGUGCGGAAGCCAUGGUCACUGAGUGGAUGGCUGAGCCUCGUGUGGGCGUGCUCAUGGACCUGGGGAGGAUCAGAUCACGCCUGCCUGUCAUCCUCGCUGCUACAGAGACGCAGCAGGUGGCCUACCCAGCGAUUUUGGCGGAGCUGGGGGCAGGCAGGCAGGCGGAGCAGGAUUGCUUUGCGUCCAUGCUGGUGCAGGUGCUGGGGGUGAAGGAGAGCGCUCAUCUGAAGGAAGGGUUUGGUGUUCUCAUGCAGAAUCUGCUGUCAGGCGGGCUGGAGAAGGCGCAUGCAGAGGAGAAGGGGAGAGGGGGAGCUGGUGGUGCAGCUUGGGGGGCCUAUUUGAGGAGGCUUAUUUGGGUGUACUCGAGGCUGGAGACGCGCAAGGGCGAGGACUGCUUCUGCAUCGAUGCCAGCAACCCCCAGCAGACCCGCGUGGAGACUGCUGCGAUUGAGGAGGCGAGGGAUAGAGUGAGACGUGCGGGGCUGGCACGCGGGGUGAGUGAGAGAGCAGGAGGAGCAGGAGGGGCAGAAGGGGCAAAAGGAGCAGGGGGAGCAGGAGGGGCAGAAGGAACAAGAGGAGCAGGAGGAUUGGCGUCUGAUGCCACUGAGAUGCAUGUGAGCAGCACAGGGCUCGUGCCUGUCAACACCAACCCAGCUGUUGCUGUCGUGACGUAUCAGGUUGGCUGUAUCUUGCAGUGGGCCCGAAUUUACGGCUCAAAUACUACCUUAGAGAAGAAUUGCUUCAAGGACAGCCCACAAGGCAAGGUCCUGCCCAUGCGUCAUCCACUUCGGGACCUACCGAGCCUGCUUCUCAGGUUCGGCGCCAUCCCUGAGCCUCUGGACGGCAGGAGCUUCUCCUUGGAGUGGGAGGAGUGGCCUCAGGGCGAGGAAGCUGCUCUGAAGCUUCCUGACGACCCCAGUGCAAGGUGCUUUGGCCUGGGGAUUCCGAAAGCCGAUAAGAGGAGAGAGGAGAGUAAAGACAACCCCCCUGCCCAGUCGUCCAAGGCGGGAGGUAGGAGGAGGGAUCGAAGGAACAAAUGGCGUGGGGGAGAGCAGGGAGGCAUGAAGAACCCACUCACUCGCACUCCCUCAUCUCCUCCCACCACUAGCCACCGUCCCAUCGUUCGCUGCGCAGCAGACGUGGAGUGUAUUUUGGAGUUCGCGGCUGCCAUGCUCACCCCACCGGACUGCUCCGAGUGCAAGAGGUGCAUCAAGCGCUACACCUCCCACAUCCCCUUCGUCACCCUCGUUGCCAACUUCGCCUACCGCCCCGCCAGCGUGCUGUUCUACCGCUUCCUCUCGGUCUUCCUGCCGCACUCCAAGGAGUUCAACAACCUCGUCCGCAUGUUGGGCCUGGACCCCUUGCCCAUGGGCGCCUCUCUGGAGGAAGAGAGGGAGAAUCUUGAGCGCGUGCGGGAACAGGCAGAGCGUGUGCCCGUGGCGCUGCUGCUCAGCAUUGCUUUGAGAUGGCCCUGCCCCAUUCUCGUCCCCGGUGGGUUUGAGAAGGACGGCACCCGGAGGCCAUUGGAGGCGCAAGGGUGGGUUGGAGGAGGGAGGUUUUGGAGCCCGGGGGCCUUUGGGGAUGGCGGGGGUGGCGAGGAGGAUUGCUGGGAUGAUGGCGAGGUGUGGGCGGAGGUGUGGUCGUGGUGCGGUGCGGCGAUGCUCGCUUGGCCGGCUUAUGUGUCGGGGGGCAGUGAGACAUGCAGAGGCAGACGGGAAGGGAAGGCGAGUGAGCCGUUGAGCCCUGAGGCGGUGUAUGAUCUCUGCCGGGGGACUGCCCACGUGCGGUACCGUGGAGACAUGGAGGCGCAGGUCGGUGUGGCGUGGUGGCGUAUUGCAGCAGAGAGUGCCAAAAGGCGGACUGGCCCUUCCACAAGCUUGUGUGCAAAACCUACUCCAGCAGCAUGGUGA